AUCAGUUAGUUGCUCACCUGGUCCUGACUUGUCGGAAGCUAGACGCUGCCCGUUAUGAGUAGCUCCAUGUGAGCGCACUUGAUUCGCAAUGUACGUGUGGUUCUAUUUUGGUGCACUAAUAGUAGGUUUUAUGGGAGUUGUGCAAAUUAAGUCGUCAAUUUCAACGAAAAAUGCUCGAGUGCCGUACGUGGUGAGCCUAGAAACUGAAAGCGGCCAGUUCUGUUCGGGGUCUAUAGUUGGAACGAGAUGGAUCCUCACCACUGCUGAUUGUGUAUGGAACAAGCUGUCGAAUGAGUUGACAGUAGGGAUACAGCCUCAGGAUGGAAAGUCUAGUGGUCAUCAUGAACGAAUACAGAAAAUAUACUUGGACCCUAAUUUCGUGCCGGAUUCUUCGCAAGGGGGUGUGGCAUUGAUGUCACUCCGGAAGCCAGUUCAUUGGAACGGACGCAUCGUAACAAUAGAUGUGGUGAAAAACGAGUCAAAUUCGCAGCAAUCGAGACAAUGUUUGUUAAUUGGGUGGAACAGGUAUCAAAAUUCAAGCUUUCUAGCGCAACAGAUGGAGAAUUGGCCUACGGAGAAAUGUGAUGACACCCUCAGAAAGAAAUUGUGCGUUGAGCCUGUCAACAAUAGUUUGUGUGAUUACCAUAAAGGUAGUCCACUCUUGUGUCAGAGAGGGGACGAUUUUGAGCAAGUCGGUAUUUUUUCAGGCAGUCAACGAUGUUCCCCUAGUUACCUUUCCGCUAUGUUUAUCAAUGUCGGCGAUUUCUCCGAGUGGAUCGACGAUAUAAUUGCAGGAAGACAACGACCUCUCAUCAAAGCUCCCAACGAGAAAGAAAUUUAUGCCAUUAGGUUGUCUCAGUUUAAGUGGUUAAUCGUUGCCAUUUCGUUUUUUAUUAUAAGUGUAACUAUCUUUAUUAAAGUGUUACGAUCCGGAUUCAAAAUUGUUUGAUGUCAAAUAAAGUGCGUUAUGAGUAUAA